AUGACAAAGAGCAAGUUAAAUCUGCCCACCGAAUCUGCUUGGAGUGUGGAAUCAAAACGGGGCGAUACUUGUUGGGGCAAAUGGUCGUUCUUAAUGGGUACACUCGCUUUGUAUGUGGCCUCUGCAGGCAAACAUACGAAUCGGGACCUUGUUGCACUUCCUGCGGAAACUGUCAGUGCUGCGUUGAAGCACGAAGGAAUGCUCUAUAUCCUCAGUCCGGAAACUUCACAACCCAAGGCCCAACGGAUUGCUGUUGUCCCUUUUGCGAAAUCCCCUAUCGAAUAA